UCUUAUAAUACCGAAGCUCGGGGUGCACAUCUGCGGUGUAUUUCCUCAUCUCAUGAACGUGAACUUUUCUUUUAAAAUUUUUCUUUUUUGUCGUAUUCCUUGUUUAUUUCUCUCUCACUUUUCUCGUCAUAUGAUGAACAGCUUGAAGGGCCCUGUCCAGGUCCUGCGGCAGCCAAGAUGGUCGGCGAAACAGGUCCCAUCACGGCGCCUUUGGCGAUCAACAUGACCAUCGCCGGCUUUUUUGCGGUUGCGUGCUACAAUUGCGUCGAAAUCCUGAUCUCACUUCUGGAUCGUUUCAAGCGACACGACAGCCUGUAUUUCUGGAGCAUGCUGACGGCAACGGUGGGAAUCGUGCUUCACUCGAUAGUGGUAUUGCUUCGCUACUAUAGCUUGGGGCCCAACUUCCCACUGGCUGUAUUGACAUGUGUCGGAUGGUAUGCUAUGGUGACUGGCCAGUCUGUCGUUCUCUACUCCCGCCUGCAUCUUAUCAUCGCAAAUAGAGCAAAGACUCGCUGGAUCCUGGUUAUGAUUGUCACGAAUUUUUGCAUCCUUCACAUUCCGGUUACAGUUCUGUUCCUCGGCAGCAAUACACGAAAUUCCGAUCGGUUUCUUCCCGCGUUCGAGAUCUAUGAGCGGAUACAACUCGCUGGAUUCUCUAUACAAGAGUCCGUCAUCUCAGGUCUUUACAUCUGGGAAGCGGCCCACGGACUCCAGCCCAUCUUCGCGGUCAGAAGGGCCACGGAGCGCAAGGUGAUCAGACACCUCAUAAUGGUCAACAUUUUGGUUGUGCUGCUCGACAUAAGCCUUCUUCUUACUCAAUAUCUGGACCACUUCCAGAUCCAAACGACAUACAAGCCGGUGGUUUACAGUAUCAAGCUGAAGAUGGAAUUCGUUGUGCUCAACAGGCUGCUGCUCCUCGUUCGGCACAGGGAGUGCAACUGUAUGCUGCUUGUAGACGAGCCUGAAGGUAGUGUUCCUCGGUCGUUCGGUAACCCCGAAUUUCGUUCAUUUGAAGGAGGUCGACGUUCUAGGAGAUCCAAUGACGAUGGGAUUCAACUACAUUACGUCCCACCCACCAAUGCAUCAUCACGUCUAGGCGAUUACGGGCAUUCAACGGCAUCCCCAUUCACCUUCUCGACAUAAGCCGUGGCAGCGGCACAUAGCAUUACGGGAAGCCUAACAACAAUUCAGCAACGACUUUGCCUGCCUAACCACAAUUCAAACAUUAUCUGGGGGGCCAAACGACUUGCACCAAUACAGUAAAGUGCCACAUUAUAGUAUGUAUAGAAAUAUAGCAUUUAGGUGAUAUUAUAUACCAAGUAUGAAUUGAUUCCAAGCCAGACUACGCCGUUGCGAUAGGUUUGAAGUUUAGAUG